GUUGUGCCGUUAGUGGUCUCCCAGCAAUUGCUGUCACCAAGUCUUUCCAAUGCUAUUCACAUCAAAGAAUGCUGCUAGCGGCCACAUAUAAAGCAGCAGACUUGCUUUGUGGAAAUUACUCCUCCACCAAGAUCACACAGAUGACUGAUCAUUUAUUUAAAAGCAAGGCCUUCUCAUCCGUGUACCAGCAGUAUAUGGUUCCUGUGUCCAGUGACGUCAUGAAUCUGAUUUUCUCAUAUUUGAAGGAGAAGAAAAGUAAACCGUAUGAUACAGCAGUCGAUGUUGGCUGCGGUACUGGGAGAUAUACAAUGCCUCUAGCAAAAAGGUUCAAAAAGGUUAUCGGUGUAGACAUCAGUGAAUCUCAGCUUGAGGAAGCCAAACAAUUCUGUUCCUUGGAAAAUGUAACUUUCCAGGUGGCUGCUGCUGAGAACUUACCCCUAGAUGAUGCAUCUGUGGACCUUGUAAAUGCAGGACUUGCUGCUCAUUGGUUCAACGUGGAGAAAUUUGUGCAUGAAGCAGUUCGAGUUUUAAAGCCCAACGGCUGUCUGGCAGUUCAUGCUUUUGUUCCAAUUUUUAAAUUACAAGAUGGCAAUAACGAUGCAGCGCUAAAUGUUGUUAUGAAGCAGUGUUUAGACAAAAUAUCAGAAUUCAAGUACGAAAACAACAAUAUUAUGCAUCACCAGUAUGAAGAGGUGUUCAAUGCUAUACCAUUAAAAGACAAGAAGUGGGUUACAGACAUCCCCGUUGUAUUUGAAAUGUCUGUUGAAGAAAUAAUAGGAUUUUUUCAGUCUAUAUACAUGUAUCAAGAAUUCCUGAAACAUGAUAAAAAUGAAGCCAUCAGAUUCCUGGUGCAUCUUGAACAGAGGUUUCGUGACAUUCUAGGAGAUGGAUAUGAGUCAGCCCUCAUUAAGGUCCAUAUCAAACACUAUUGUGUCCUAGCCUGCAAAUCAUCAUGAGUCUGGAGAAAUAAUGGACUGGGG